GUGUCUGUGCAAGAUAGUAUGCUGCUACGCAGACAGCAGUUGUGCUAGCUCUUCUGCUUUCGAUGUCACCGAAAGUGAAUCUGAAUUUUGACCGACAUAUCUCCCAUUUCACGCAUGUAAAUACUUCUACAGAAUUAUUAACCUGUCGGUCGAAGCAAAAUGGUUGUGCUCCACCGUGUCCGUGUUUUUUUGUUGCUGUUUUUUGUGUGUGGAUCGCUACGGGACGCGUUGAGCUUUUAUCUUCCUGGUUUGGCCCCGGUCAGUUUCUGCGAGAAAGAUGCGAGCGGUAAAGACAGCGACGUUCCCGACUGCAAAUCAGUCAUUGAGCUGUUUGUGAACAGGCUGGAUUCUGUGGAGUCUGUUUUGCCCUAUGAAUAUACAGCGUUUGAUUUUUGCGCUGAUCAUGCUGAGAAACGUCCAUCUGAGAACUUGGGUCAGGUGCUGUUUGGAGAGAGAAUUGAGCCGUCCCCAUAUAAGUUUUACUUCAAGAUUAACGAGGAGUGCAAGAGUGUGUGCAUUAAACCUUACAACACAGAAAAAUCUGAAGAUAAAGCAAAACUGGACUUCUUUAAGAAGGGCAUGCUCCUUAAUUACCAACACCACUGGAUUAUUGAUAAUAUGCCAGUGACCUGGUGUUAUGAUGUAGAGGACAAUCAGAAGUUCUGUAAUCCCGGCUUCCCCGUUGGCUGCUACAUCACAGAGACAGGGCGGGCCAAAGAUGCCUGUGUGGUCAAUGCUGACUUCAAUGACAAAGACACCUUCUACAUCUUCAACCACAUGGACAUCACAAUCUUCUACCAUGUGGUGGAGAACGAGGCUGCUGGUGCCAGACUGGUCGCGGCUAAAUUAGAGCCUAAAAGUUUUAAGCAUAGUAAUGUGGAAAAGCCAGACUGCACAGGGCCUCCCAUGAGCCUGAGCAACAAGUUUACUGGAGAGAUCAAGAUUCCCUAUACAUACUCAGUAAAGUUUGUGGAGGAUAAAACCAUUCGCUGGGCUUCUCGAUGGGAUUAUAUUCUUGAGUCUAUGCCACACACCAACAUUCAGUGGUUCAGUAUCAUGAACUCUCUGGUGAUCGUGCUCUUCCUCUCGGGGAUGGUCGCCAUGAUCAUGCUCCGAACGCUUCAUAAAGACAUCGCCCGAUACAACCAGAUGGACUCUGUGGAGGAUGCUCAGGAGGAAUUCGGCUGGAAGCUUGUUCACGGAGAUGUCUUCAGGCCUCCCAGGAAAGGCAUGUUGCUGUCUGUCUUCCUGGGCUCUGGGACACAGAUCUCCAUAAUGACCUUUGUUACACUCUUUUUUGCAUGUUUGGGUUUCCUGUCUCCUGCUAAUCGCGGAGCUCUGAUGACAUGUGCGGUGGUGCUGUGGGUGCUGCUGGGUACUCCAGCUGGUUACGUGGCCGCUCGCUAUUACAAAUCUUUUGGUGGGGAGAAGUGGAAGACCAAUGUGCUGUUGACAGCAUUUCUGUGUCCAGGGGUGGUGUUUGCUGAUUUUUUUGUAAUGAAUCUGAUUUUGUGGGGUGAGGGGUCUUCAGCUGCCAUGCCCUUUGGUACUCUGGUGGCCAUCCUGGCUCUGUGGUUCUGUAUCUCUGUGCCCCUCACCUUUGUUGGAGCAUACUUCGGCUUCAAGAAGAGUGGGAUUGAACAUCCAGUGCGGACCAAUCAGAUCCCCAGACAGAUUCCAGAGCAGUCUUUCUACACUAAACCUCUUCCUGGCAUCAUCAUGGGUGGAAUCCUGCCAUUUGGCUGCAUCUUCAUCCAGCUUUUCUUCAUACUCAACAGUAUCUGGUCUCAUCAGAUGUACUACAUGUUUGGGUUUCUCUUCCUGGUCUUCAUCAUCCUGGUCAUCACCUGCUCUGAGGCCACUAUCCUCCUAUGCUAUUUCCACCUGUGCGCUGAGGAUUAUCACUGGCAAUGGCGUUCCUUCCUGACCAGUGGAUUCACAGCGGUCUAUUUCCUGGUCUAUGCUAUCCAUUACUUCUUCUCAAAGCUACAAAUCAGUGGACUGGCCAGCACUGUCCUUUACUUUGGCUACACCAUGAUCAUGGCCCUCAUCUUCUUCCUCUUCACAGGUACAAUUGGAUUCUUCGCCUGCUUUUGGUUUGUCACAAAGAUAUAUAGUGUAGUGAAAGUGGAUUAAAUUAAACCAAUCUAGGAUGAGACCAAACUCCUCUCCGACCAGUGUGUGAUCCAAGAGGGGAGGGACCAGAGCACUGUUUAACUUAAUUUGUUGCCACGGUGACCCUGCUUCACACCAACAACUCUAAAUGAACACUACAAAUUCCAUUUACUUUGCUGUGUACAUGUGCGGUAGAAAUGCAUAUUCAACCAUUUGAAGAAAUCAACACGUCAGCUUCUUUAUUUGGAACUCAAUACAGCAAGCACGUGCUUUGACAAUUGCGACUUAAACAAGUUAUUGUGAUUUGGAGUUGUCUUGUAAAUAUUACUUUUUUUUUCUUUUGUAACAUUCAAAUGAAAGAGUAAUGCAUAAAUCAUAGCUCAAGUUUGUCUCAAAAUCUCUGAGGUGUCACAAGAUUGAUUUUGUAAAUAGCAUUUUCUACAAGUGCAUCCAUCCAUCCAUCCAUCGUCAACCGCUUAUCCUGUGUACAGGGUCGCGGGGGGCUGGAGCCUAUUCCAGCUAACAUUGGGCGAAAGGCGGGGGACACCCUGGACAGGUCGCCAGUCCAUCACAGGGCUCUACAAGUGCAUAGAAAAAGAAAAUACAGUCAGGUCCAUAAAUAUUGGGACAUCGACACAAUUCUAAUCUUUUUGGCUCUAUACACCACCACAAUGGAUUUGAUGGGCACAUAUACAAACAGUUAUAAUUCCUACACCGUUCACCUGAUUUGGAUGUAUAUACCCUCAAAUUAAAGCUGAAAGUCUGCAGUUAAAGCACAUCUUGUUCGUUUCAUUUCAAAUCCAUUGUGGUGGUGUAUAGAGCCAAAAAGAUUAGAAUUGUGUCGAUGUCCCAAUAUUUAUGGACCUGACUGUAGGUUUUAAAAAUCAAGGAGCGAAUUAGAGUGAGAUAGUGUGAAUAAUUUUCUUUUCAUCAUGUUAAUACUGUACAGUUAUUGCUUGCAUAUACUUGUGUAUAACCAGUUGGGGGAGGGGGGUUGUCUGUUUAAUGUUUUUGGUUUGAUCAUAUUUUGCUUAGUUUCUUUUUUCUUUAGUUUAUGUCUCUCUCUCUCUCUCUCUCUCUCUCUCUCUCUCUCUCUCUCUCUCUCUCUCUCUCUCUC